CUGUGUAGAAUCACCAGUCUCUCUCUCUCUCUCUCUCUCUCUCUCUUCGAUCGCUCUGUUUGAUGGAAGAUGGGGAGAGUGAGACUUCGGGUCGAGUUCUUAGAUCGCCACAUUCUGAGCAAAUCGCAGAGAUCGGAAGGACUAAAGCGAAGCUGGAUUCUCCUUCAGCCUCUGCUCGAAACCGUCUCCGAUCUAUCCUCCCAUCUCCUCCACGCUUUCGACCUCCAUCACUCUUGCCCUAAUGGCGUUAUCCUCUCUAUGGAUGGCUUUGUGUUGCCGCCAUUUGAGUCAACAAGUAUUCUAAAGGAUAAAGAUGAAAUUAAAGUCGAAAGGAAGGGGAAAACGCUAUCUAGGAUUGUCCAGGAAGAUGGUGGAGCAAAUUUAGUUGUGGAAGAUGAAAUUGUAGAGAAGCAGCCUGUGCUCACUGGUAUGCCUCUUUUAGCAAGUGAGGAGUUUGAAAAGGAGGCUGGUGGUUACCAAAGUGAACCUGAACAAGAGGAAGACAGACAGUCACAGGAUGCAUUACAUGUGGAGAGUUCACAUGGCGGAAACGUGGUUUCGAAGAAAAGAAAAGCAGCAGAGAAACGCCAGAGCUCUAAGAAGAAGAAAAAACUUCACGUGGAUCCUCAAGAUAAUAAUAAUGAGUUUCACAUAGAGCAGGCUGGCUGUGAACUGCACCGUGCAAAGAGGAUUGACAAGAAGAAGAAAAUAUCUGAUGUAAAGAGCAGACCAAAGACAGAGAUUACUCCUACAAGAGCCAAGAUUAAUAAUGACAUCUGUGAAUCUUUGCCUAGUCCAAAGGAGUCUGUUGAGCUUGAAGAGAACAAUGCUGGAUGUGCUGAUGUACCUGGGACAUCCCAUGUAGAUAGGAAGGGUUCUAGAAGUUCCCGGAGGAAAAGGGCCUCAAGGAUAUGGCUGCGGGAAAUAAAAGCAGCUGAGAAAGAGCUUGCAGCGUCUAAAAUGCAGCAAAAUCAAAUGCAAUCUCCUGAAAAGGGUAUUCUUAAGAAGUCCGUUGAACAUCAUCAUCAAAACCAAAAUAGUGAAGCAGAUGACAAGAUUGUUUCAGAUGAUGAGAUUGUUCCCAUUGUGAUUAGGCCAGGACAUAUUCGCUUUGAACCUCUGCAGGAGGACCAGACUGUCCAGCGAAACCAACCUUCAGUGGAAGCAUUUCAAUGGAGUGGAAUUGCCAGCAAGAAAAAGGGAAUCAAGCUUCAGGAUCCAUUUCAGUGGAAUGGAAUUACCAGCAAGAAAAAGGGUCAACAAUGGGGUAAAGAAAAAGUUUCAUUCUGGAGGAAUGACGAUAAAGUUUCCAACAAUGAACAUUAUACGAAAACAACUACCAAAAAAAUGAAGCCUAUAAAUGAUCCCAUUGAAUUUGAUAAGCUUGCAUCAUUUACUGGUUUGCCUAAGGAAGGUGAUGUGAUUGCAUAUCGUCUAAUUGAGUUAUCGUCAACCUGGACACCCGAGCUUUCCUCUUACCGAGUUGGGAAAACAUCAUGGUAUGAUGCUAAAUCCAAUAGAGUCCUGCUCACACCAGUUCCAGAAUAUCCAAUACAUUUACAGAAACCAGAUGAAGAUGCAAGCGAACCACCAUCAGAAAACUCUCUCUAUGGGGAAGAUGGAUCUUUAGAGGUAGAUUUUUCAUUACUCAUUGAUGCACGGAUUGUCAAGCAUGGCCAGUCAGAUCUUUCGAAAGUAGUAACUGGCUGGGUUAAUGACGGUCCAGUUGGCAAUGAUAUUGCCUCAUCAAGUGAUGCGCCUGGGAAUAAUGACAAACACACGCUUACUUCUACACCAGAAGAAGGAGAAAUAAAUGUGUGGGAUGAACUCAGCCAGGCUCUAAGUGCCAAGAAAACAGAGUUGGUUAAGGAAAAUGGUUGGGGUAAAGAGAGUUCUAGCAGUGGUAGGAAAUCAUGGUCAUACAGAGCCAUGAGAGGCAGUGCACUUGGCCCAACAAUGGCUAUUCUAAGAGCAAGGAAGGAUAUAUAACAAUGGCAACCCCAUGUCUAGGUUUAUGAAUAUGUAAGUUGGGACCCUUAAACUAGAAAAUUGCCCCCAUCUACCUCCAUGGAAUGUAUUUAGUAUUUUCAGCUGAAAAUUUUGUGGGUUUGUGGGCUGGAACCCAUGUUUGUCUUAUCAGUCUCCUCAAUUCAGUGCGGUUGAAAAAUUUUCUGGGCUGGAAUGUAUCUAAUGGGCAAAUGGAACUUGCUUCUGCGUUA